CUUCCUGAAGUAUUUGAAUUAAGUUCUGAUUGCACAGCAAGAGGGAAGGAGGCCGAAGCUGAGAAGGAAGCCAUGGACAUUGUGGAGGGCAUCCUGAAGACCUCACAAGCCAUCUACGGCCAGUGCCAGCGCAUGAAGAGCUGCAAGAAGCAGAGAGCGCGUCUGGUGGAACGCAUGGAGCUCUUGCUGCAACCCAUCAGACUUCUCCGGCACAGGCCUGCCAAGGAGCUGUCCCCUGAACUGACAUGGGUGCUGCAGAAGAUGUUGGUCCUUAUGAAGGAGACCCAGCAGAUGUUUGGCACGUAUGAGGGCUGGAACCAUCUGGAGAAGUUUGUGAAGGCCGGUGACAUGCUGGAGAAGUUUGCCUACCAGAACGAGCGCUUUGGCAACGUCGGCCAGGCCCUGUUGCUGCAGCUGCAAGUGGAGCAGAAGAUCUUGGCGAACUUCGAGAAGGGUGUUGUGAACAAGCAGGGUAGCCAGGAUCUUGCGGAGGACAAGGUCUGCUGGAAGGAGAUGCUCAGAGGGGAGGGGGCAGACGGCCACCUCGAGAUCACGGAGAUAGACAAGAGACUGCUAGUCAAGACGACUCCUGUAUCGGAGAUGAAGCAUUACACGCUGUACAAGGGAGAAUAUUACAAGUCACCCGUGGCCAUCAAAGUCUUCAAAAAUCCUCUGACCACCAACACAAAGGCGGUGAGGAAGGUCUUCACGGAAGAGAUCAGGACCUUAAAGAGACUCGAGUCCCCCUACAUCCUCCGCAUGUAUGGAAUUUGUAUCGAUGACAGUGGGCCCAUUCCCGAGUUCUCCAUUGUUGUGGAAUACUGUGAAAAAGGCACCCUGCGGGAAGUGCUGACAAAAGAGCCCGGCUUGUCCUGGAAGAUUCGCGCCGAAAUGGCAUCUGACGCUGCAGCGGGGCUGUACAGGUUGCACCAGGCAGCAGACAAAGGCCACAUGCGUCGCUACAUCAACAGCACCAAGUUCCUGGUUGCCAAAGGCUACUGCGUCAAGUUGUCAGGAUUCAAGCUGGAUCAGACGGAGUCAUCCAUCAGCCAGAAAAGCAAGGAGAAACACUGCAAGGAGGUUGCUUCUUCAGCCUACAUCUGCCCUCAGGGUCUGGCCUCUGUGAACCACCCGCACGAUCUGGCUAGUGAAAUAUACAGCUUCGGGAUCGUGCUUUGGGAAAUUGUGACUGGCAAGAUCCCAUUUGCAGGCUGUACUUCAGUGGAGAUCUACGAGAAGGUUUACAAGCAGAGAUACCAGGAACCGCUGGGAGAAGGCUGCCCUUCCUACCUGCGGGACAUCAUCAACCUGUGCAGGGACUUUGAGCCGUCUAAGCGCCCAUCUGCCGAAGCGAUUGUGAACCAGCUCCUUGUGGCCCAAGAUGGCGGCCGGGACAGCCUCUCUGCAUGAGAUGAACCUGGGCUCGCUUGGGCUGCGCAAGGGCCAGCCCCACCUCCCCGCGCGCUCACGGCUGCACUGCCUCUUCCAGGCUCAGCACAGGCCUAGAACUCCCUUUCGGCAAAUGGUUCGCUGGGCCAUUUGUCAGUCGGUGCAAAGGCACAAGCUCUCGUCUGGGACCCGGCCUGGUAAUGAGCUGGUUUGUGCUGCCUGGUUUCAGAUGACGCGGCCGUCCAUCCUGGAACAAGGGACCCAGCUGUAAGCCGAGCGUUGCCAGGGCAGCGGGUCACCCCAAAAUACACCACCCUGGCGACCCCAUCCUGGAGUCACAUGACAUGAGUAACCACCAUGCCUAAAACACAGUGCAGCCGUGUUCUGCCAAACGGGUUCCUUCCUCCUCCUCUCUCAUGCACACAUCAAAUUAAUGAAAAAACAGACAAUGCACAGACAUGAUGAUAUUGUCCAUUGCCAUUUUUACAGCAGAGCCACAAGAGUUUUUUCUGCAUUAAGGGGACUAACGUUUGCUGUUGCCACCUACCCCCAUUUAUGGCUUACCCUGUAUCUAGCGGCAGUAUAACAACACACAGAAUGACUGGAUAUUGACCGCAGUACUGCUGGUUCUUCCCGGUUAUUUCUCUGCCACUGCUUUAUUUCCACUACUCAAGGACUCUCUGUGUCCUUAACUGCCAGCAGGGAGCAACUGGAUCCCAGUGGCAUCCCAACAUGCCCGCUGCGUCCAGUUCAAUUUACCUGCUUGCAAGAGGGCAAGCUUCCCCAGUCUCGCAGCUGCAGUUCGCAAGCCGCCGAUGGCAAAAGGCCAUGCGAGUUCAAACAGGAACAACAGGCCUGCCAUACCCUGAAUGCCCAGAAAUCCUUUUUUUCUGCCUGAACUUCCGUAGGAUCGCACCCUUACAGAUGGGGGGGUGGGGGCAGGGGACAGAAAUGGUUCCCUCCAAUAGAAAGCAGUACUCAAAGAAUCACGGAAUCCUAGAACAGGAGAGCUGGAAGGGGCCGGAGGGCCACCCCCUGCUCAGUGCAGGACUCCCAGUUGACCGUCCCUCCCAGGUGGCUGUCCAGCUGCGUCCUGAGGGUGGGAGAGCCUGCCACCGCCCUCGGUCUAUAGCCCUACUGCUCAUUUUAGGGCCAUUAAUCAACCCAACAGGAAUUCUAGGUCCAAUGCACAGGACUGUAUAGAUCUUACUGUGUAUGUUCCCAAUCUGUGCAUGAGAGAAAAAUAAAGGC